AUGUACAGACAGGGGGUCAAGAAUGCGUUCUCCAAGCCUCUUGAGGCAAGGCCUGCAUUUCUCCUUCACUUGCGUUACAACUUCCGCGUUCCCAAACUCGCAAAGCGAGACUAUACCGCCAUAGAACAUCAGCAGCUCAGACGAAUGUCACAUACCCUCGAAAUGCUCUCGUCCAGCUCCGUCACCCGCUUAAACGUCAGCGGAAACAUGGUGGAUUGGUGGGACAAUGAGAUCGGGCAGCGGAGGAUGGCGUCCUCGUCUUCUUCCACGACAGAUACGCAUUCAUUACCGGAGGCAGGGAAGACACCGGAGCCGCCAAAGAAGCCGGAGGGGUCCGAGUCGGAGAAAGGGGGACAGGGGGACAAGGCGGGACCAGGGGAGAAGAGCGGAGGGGAUGGGGAGCAGGCUCUCGGGGACGGAAAGAUGCCUGGUCCGGGAGGUACAUGA